AUUAGUUUCAAGCAAACCUCAUAAAUGUGACUCUUUCCCUACAGGCAGGGGUCGUUAUUAUUGUGACACUUCUUUUUAGGCUUUCUGUCCACAUUAUGGCGUUUUCCUUGAGGAACGAUGCCCGCAGGCCGGAGAACCCGGACACCGAGUCUCCUGCGCUGUCCACCUGCAGCAACGCGGACAUCUUCCGCAGGAUGAACUCCAUCCUGGGAAACGCUCUGGACUUCACCGGAGUGUGCAGCACACCCAACAGUAGCAGCAAGCAGAAGCCAGACCUGCUAUGUGAGUCUGAGCUGGCUGCAGUGGGCAGCAGGAGGAUGCUUUUCCCCAACUGUGGGGGCAUCCCCGGAUCCCAGGAUAUGCCUCCAUCCCGGGGCCAGUCGACUGUCACGGACCUGGGCCUUGGCCUCCAGUCUCUCCGUCUGUCCGGCUGGGACAGACCAUGGAGCAGUCAGGAGACUGACACACAUGCUCCCCCGUCUCAGCAUCAGGCCGGCUCGCCCUCCAUGCUCGGCAUUCUGAACAGUCCCUUCAGCAGCAUCCUUGAGAAGCCGUCGGGCUAUUUGUCCCACGAUUCUAUGAGCAUGACGGCCGACUUCCUGGAGAAGUUCCCUGGCAUUGCACGCAUGGCAAACCGACCAGACUGCAGCUCCCUUUUGGACUCUCGCUCCAGCAGUCCAGAAGACUCGGAGACCAGCGGCUUCAGCUCUGGUUCGGAUCAUCUCUGCGACAUGCUGUCGACCCUGAGGAUUUCACCCCCGUUGCCCUACCUGGCAUCAAAUGUGCAGAAGGAUUUACUUCGUCUGGGUUCCCGUCUGGACCCCCAGGAAACCAGCACUCCUCUCACUCCUCCAUCCAGCUACGCCUCCUCCACUCUUUCACGCCGCUGGCGAGCUGGUUCUCCAUGGCCCGGGUCAGACAUGCUCGACCACUCGGACGAGGCUUUCAGCAUUGAGAGGGAGGCGCGCCUGCACAGACAGGCUGCAGCUGUGAAUGAGGCCACGUUCACCUGGAGCGGUCAGCUGCCUCCCAGAAACAACAAGGACCCUCUUUACUCUUGCAAGGUGUUUCUUGGUGGCGUGCCCUGGGACAUCACAGAAGCUGGUCUGAUCAACACUUUCAGUGGAUAUGGUCCUCUGACAGUAGAGUGGCCGGGUAAGGAUGGAAAACACCCUCGCUGCCCCCCCAAAGGUAAUGUUGCUAAAGGUUACGUCUACCUGGUGUUUGAGAAUGAGAAGUCUGUGCGCAGCUUGCUUCAGGCCUGCUCCCAGGAUCCUUUUCACCCAGAGGACAACAGGGAGUACUACUUCAAGAUGUCCAGCCGCAGAAUGAGAUGCAAGGAUGUGCAGGUGAUUCCCUGGGUGAUCUCUGACAGCAACUACGUGCGCUGCCCUGCCCAGCGUCUGGAUCCCUGUAAGACUGUGUUUGUCGGCGCUCUGCACGGCAUGUUGAACGCCGAGGCGCUGGCCAGCAUCAUGAAUGACCUGUUCGGUGGAGUCAUGUAUGCUGGAAUUGACACGGACAAGCACAAGUAUCCUAUAGGCUCUGGACGCGUCACGUUCAACAAUCAGCGCAGUUAUCUGAAGGCUGUCUCUGCAGCAUUUGUGGAGAUUAAAACGCCCAAGUUUACAAAGAAGGUCCAGAUUGACCCGUACCUGGAAGACUCCAUGUGUCAGAUUUGCCUUCGCCAACCUGGGCCUUUCUUCUGCAGAGACCAGGCCUGCUUCAAGUACUACUGCCGCUCCUGUUGGCACUGGCAGCACUCGAUGGACAUCUUGAGCAACCAUCGGCCCCUCAUGCGGAACCAGAAGAACAGGGACUCCAGCUAGAGCAGACGGAGGCUAAAGGGCCCGUAGAAGAGCCCCCUCCGUGGGGCGAGGCUGCCCGCCAAAGGAGAGCACAUGUGCCGGCGAGCCCUCAGAGCGAGGGCACCGUGGCACUCCACCAGGCACUGGGGAUAUCACUGUAGGAAACGUUCACUUUUGCACUUGCUACAUUUUUGCUGUUCACAGUGGCACUUCUGCACAGUGACCUUGUUGGGACGGACAAGGGGCCCUUCACCCUUUUGCAUUUUCCCAGACUUGUGGCCAGACAGAAUGAUGGAAGCUUAAGGUUUAGAAGUGGAUGAAAAUGCCUUUUUUUUUUUCUUUUUUUCCUUUACAUGUGUUGCAUAGUAAAGAGCAAUCACGCAAGUUUCAUUGCCUUUCAUUGGCAGACGCCAUACAGUGCCUUUAAAUUUAUUUUUCCCCUCUUCCCUCCCUCCCCCCAGCUGGCAUCUGUUUUUUUUCCUGUGCAAGCCAACUGGUGUUUCUUACUUUAGGGAGUUGAAUGUUGGGCUUCAUUUAACCAGUCGCAUUUCAGACAUUUUUACGCAGUUUUUUACUAAUUUGUACACAAAUGGUUUUAAGUCAUGACAUGAAAAUUUUGAACCGAAUUCUACCAGGUGGCUGUUUAUGGAAACCCCCCUUUUAUUUUUUUCCCUUAAACAUUUUUCAGUAGCUCUUUUUUUUCCUUUUUAAUUUGCCCUCCUAAAUUUCAAUUGAAUGGGCACAAAAUGUUGGAUGUACUACUUUAAACUUGCUUUGUUGAUCCAGCUCGAUAGAAUUUAACCGCUGCUGGAUGUGCGAGCUGGUUCAGCCGUCGCUUUGGAGGAGACUGCUGAACCGGCUUGAGCUAAAGUGAAUCCUGUGUACAUAGUUUUUGAUUUUGCACUUUUUAAUUUCCACGUGUGGAGGUGGCGGUGGUUUUUAAUCACUUUUGUACAUCAGCAGGGGGCGCUCUCGUUCAAGCCGCUUCUUCCUGUUGGAUGUAGGAACAUCCACUAUGCUGAAUGAUCUAUCCAGAGCUUGAGUAGACCCCGAGAUAAAAACAACCCUUUGCUUUCUUGACCCAUUUAGCCUUCCUGUUCUGGUUGCAGAUGUUUGCAUACUGAGCUGUGUGCCAAAGACGACGCGUCUUUUCUUUCAUUCGAUUUGUCAUGCUGAGCUCGUUGUCUUUUAGCCCAGCUGCUUUUUAGAGUUUUGAAAGUCUACCUCAUUGUGGUCUGCCAAGUUUGCUGCUACCUAACAGUUGUGGAGUAUGUUCAGAUUGGGCACAAUAAAGGUGUUUAAGCAUU